UAAUCGACCGGAAGUGACGUUGACAUCCCAGAAUCCUUGGAGAAGGAGACUUUCGUAUUUGCUGCUCCAUGCGGAGAGGUGUGGAACGUCUAGGCAACGUGGUCUCCCCGCCCGCGGGUAGGCAAAGGCGUUUGCGCUUCCCAGCGUCUGAGGCCUAGGGAGCCUUCAGUAGCCGAAAGUUAGUCUUUUGCAGUGGAGUAAGGGCUCGCGGUUAGCCGCGUAGCGCCCGGAUCUGGCCUCACCAUGUUGGUCCUAUUUGAAACGUCCGUUGGCUACGCCAUCUUUAAGGUUCUGAAUGAGAAGAAACUUCAAGAGGUUGAUAGUUUGUGGAAAGAAUUUGAAACUCCAGAGAAAGCAAAUAAAAUAGUAAAGCUAAAACAUUUUGAGAAAUUUCAGGAUACAGCAGAAGCAUUAGCAGCGUUCACAGCUCUGAUGGAAGGCAAGAUCAAUAAGCAGCUGAAAAAAGUUUUGAAGAAAAUAGUCAAAGAAGCCCAUGAACCUCUGGCUGUAGCUGAUGCUAAGCUAGGAGGGGUCAUAAAGGAAAAAUUGAAUCUCAGCUGUAUCCAUAGUCCUGUUGUUAAUGAACUUAUGAGAGGAAUACGAUCACAAAUGGAUGGCUUGAUUCCUGGGGUAGAACCACGGGAGAUGGCAGCCAUGUGUCUUGGACUAGCCCACAGCCUAUCUCGAUACAGAUUGAAAUUCAGUGCUGAUAAAGUAGACACAAUGAUCGUUCAGGCAAUUUCCUUGUUAGAUGACUUGGAUAAAGAACUAAACAACUACAUUAUGCGGUGUAGGGAAUGGUAUGGCUGGCAUUUUCCUGAGUUAGGGAAAAUUAUUUCAGAUAAUUUGACAUACUGCAAGUGUUUACAGAAAGUUGGAGACAGGAAGAACUAUGCAUCUGCCACUCUUUCUGAAUUCCUGUCAGAGGAAGUAGAAGCUGAAGUGAAAGCAGCUGCAGAGAUCUCUAUGGGAACAGAGGUUUCUGAAGAAGAUAUUUGCAACAUUCUACAUCUGUGUACUCAGGUCAUUGAAAUUUCUGAAUAUAGAACUCAGCUGUAUGAAUAUCUGCAAAACCGAAUGAUGGCCAUUGCACCCAAUGUUACAGUCAUGGUUGGGGAGUUGGUUGGAGCGCGGCUUAUUGCUCAUGCAGGUUCUCUUUUGAAUUUGGCCAAGCAUGCAGCUUCUACAGUUCAGAUUCUGGGAGCAGAAAAGGCACUUUUCAGGGCCCUCAAAUCUAGACGAGACACCCCUAAAUAUGGGCUUAUUUAUCAUGCUUCUCUUGUAGGCCAGACGAGUCCCAAACACAAAGGAAAGAUUUCACGAAUGCUGGCGGCCAAAACUGUGUUGGCUAUCAGAUACGACGCCUUUGGUGAAGAUUCCAGCUCUGCAAUGGGAGCUGAGAACAGAGCCAAAUUAGAGGCCAGAUUGAGGAUUUUGGAGGACAGAGGGAUAAGAAAAAUAAGUGGAACGGGAAAGGCAUUAGCAAAAGCAGAAAAGUAUGAACACAAAAGUGAAGUGAAGACUUACGAUCCCUCUGGUGACUCCACACUUCCAACUUGUUCUAAAAAACGCAAAAUAGAAGAGGUAGAUAAAGAGGAUGAAAUUACUGAAAAGAAAGCAAAAAAAGCCAAGAUUAAAAUUAAAGCUGAAGUAGAGGAGGAGAUGGAGGAGGCGGAGGAAGAACAGGUAGUAGAAGAGGAGCCGACUGUAAAGAAGAAAAAGAAGAAGGAUAAAAAGAAACACAUAAAGGAAGAGCCACUUUCCGAGGAGGAGCCAUGCACCAGCACAGCAGUUCCUGUAUGUGAUUUUGGUGUCGUUUUAUCUUUUGAGUUUAUUUCAGGGUAUUUAAGAACAGACGUUAAGCACAGAUGUUUAUAAUAGGUGCUGUAUUAUUAGUCAGAAAUGACCAGGUGUGUGAUAGGGAAAAUGUAGUAGAAAAACAAAAGUGCAUAAUGGUAUUUUUGUUAGGGAGGCCACUUCUCAAUUUUAGUUGUUUUGUUUUUUUUUUUUUUGGUUUUUUUUUUUUUAUGUAUUUUAAAUGUAGGAGUGUUCUGUCUGCAUGUACACCUACAUGCCAGAAGAGGGCCCCAGAUCUCUUUAUAGAUGGUUGUGAGCCACCAUGUGGUUGCUGGGAAUUGAACUCAGGACCUCUGGAAGAACAGCUCUUAACUGCUGAUCUAUCUCACAAGCCCUCAAAUUUAGUUUCUUACGGUGAAGAGAGUUUACUGUGCUAAGACAUGAACCUAACUAAAGCCUUAUACGUGCAAGGUAAGUACUGUUACCAUGCUCCCAGCUCAUGGUUUAUUGAAGCUUGCUUUGUUACAUUACAGUUGCUCCCAGCUCAUGGUUUAUUGAAGCUUGCUUUGUUACAUUACAGUUUCAGGUUGUUUUGGUACAAAAUUCAUUUUCUAAGAGUAGAUUUUGCACUUAAUACGGAAAAAGUUAAUAAUUAUCACUAUUUGAAAAAGCAUUCUUGUUGGUUAUUUUUAGAGUCCAGAGAAAAAGAAGAAAAAGAAAAAAAAGAAAGAUGCUGAAGACUAAUGUAAAGGAACCGUAAUCCUGUCACCUGAACACAUCAUGCUUAAGAUUCAGUUGGGAGCAUAUCAGACGCUCUAACAUAAUCAAGGGAGGUUGAUUAGCUUUAGCUUUUCAAACCUUUUUGUGUCUUGACAUCAACUGUUAACCUUAGAGUCUUUGAUACACAAAUAAAAAUAUUUUCUUUGUAUUAUAA